UUUUUUCCUCUUAUUUUUCCAGUUAUCUCUUCUCUUUAAGAGUCUCCUUUCUUUUAUUCUUCCCUAUCUUCCUCUCUUUUUUUUUCCUUUCAAACUUCUUACCCUCUCCUCUCCUGUCCCCCUUUACUCCACCUCUCUCUCUCUCUCUCUCUCUCUCUUUUCUCUUCGCUCAGUGAGUCGCAGUAAAUCCUAUUGUGAUGCUAAACUGAUUUUCAGGGGAGAGAGGGAGAGUUUGGUUUUCUGUUUGAACAGAUCUGAUCUGACCUUCCUUCAUCUUGGAGUUUCUUAUUUAUUUAUUUAUUUUUUAAUCACUUUCUCCUCUCAGUAAACUUUUUAAAUCUUCACCCCCGGACCUCCAGCGGGUGCUCUCUCCGGGUGUAGUUGGAGCCUGUCCGCCGGAGGAUCAGCCGCCCUCCGCGCUUCAGGAAUGCACUUUGCAGGAAGCACGGCUCGUUGCUCGGACACCUCCUGCCUUCCUCCUCCUCCUCUUCUUCUUUUCUUUGCCCCUUAACGAGGAGUUAUAAAUGAAUGAGGGAAAUGCGCUCGUGAAGGAGAGAUCGUUUUCUUCCGGGCCGCAGCCGGGCUGAGGAGCAGAGGAGCCCGGAGUGAGCGCUCUCUCUCUCCCCCCCGGCCGGGCAUGGAGAGCGGCGGCGGCGGCGGCGGCGGUGGUGGUGGAGGUGGUGGAAGAGCUGGCGGCGGCCGGGCGGGGAUCCAGCAGGCGGCGGGCGGAGGUGGAGGAGGAGGCGGCUGGGUGCUGGUGGAGGCCCAGCUGCAGGGAGGAGCGCCGUGGGGCUUCACCCUGCAGGGCGGCCUGGAGCACGGAGAGCCGCUCAUCAUCUCCAAGGUGGAGGAGGGUGGGAAGGCCGACAGUCUGGAGCAGCCUCUUCUGGUGGGAGAUGAGAUUAUCAUCAUCAACGACGUGGAGCUGACCGGGUACAGACAGGAGGCCAUCGCUCUGGUCAAAGGAUCGUACAAGACUCUGAAGCUCGCCGUCCGCAGGGAGUUUGAUCCAGGAUACAUCACAGAGUUUGAUACAUCACCUCCAUCGCUCCCCGCUCUUUCUCCUCCUUCUCCACCUCCUCCUCCGUCUUCUUCUCCAUCGCCACAACAACAACAAACGCCAUCGUCGUCCCACCACAGCAGACCAUGUUCAGCUGGAGGAGUCCAGCUACGCAUCAAGAACAGACGCAGUGAGUCGGCGUCUCGUCCUCACUCGUGGCAUUCGACGAAGCUCGGCGAAAGUCAGCCGGAGCUGCAGCAGGAUGAGAUGGACACGAUGAGCAGCACCUGGCACCACAGCUACCACGCCAGCGCCUCGACCACCGACCUCUCCGGCGGCUUCGACUCCGGCGGCAGCUACCUGAGGAAGAGUCCGGACCAGUACAGCUCCAGGGGCAGCAUGGAGAGCCUGGACCAUCCCCAGUCAUCCCAGCUUCACUCUGGACCCCAGCACCACCACCACCACGGUGGACCCCACCCCGCCUACUCCUCCUGCCACCAGCUGUCCUCCGCCAGGUCCUCCAACAGCAUCGACCACCUCCACAGCAAACGAGACUCUGCCUACUCCUCCUUCUCCACCAGCUCCAGUAUCCCAGAGUACCUUGCCUCCACCCCCUCCUUCAGCCCCGAGCGCUCCUACUCACUGGAGACCGUCCCUCAGAGAGGAGGGGGAAGCGGCGAGAUGCAGCAGGCCGACAUACGCUACAUCCGGACGGUUUACGACGCCCAGCAGGGGAUGUCUCAAGAGCACGAGUUAAGCUCCACCUCCGCUGCGCUGCUACGCAACUCUGACUCCAGAGGAGGCGGAGGAGCGAGGCCGGGGCUGAGCAGAGAUCUGCAAGGUUCAUUGGGCGGAGUCUGUUACCGUGGCAGCAGCAGCGGGAGCAGCAGCAGCAGCGGCAGCAGUGGUGGCGGCGUGCCAGCUUCUAACAGACACAGCGUGGGUCCGAUAUGGGGCCAGGCUGCCAGCCGCAGCUCCUACGAAAGCCUGAAGGGGGCGCCAGCUCCACCGAGGCGCAGCGACAGCUACGCAGCCAUCAGGAACCACGAGAGACCAAACUCCUGGUCCAGUCUAGAGCACGCACGAUCUCUUCGGUCUCUGCAGAAAGGUUCCUGGCAUCACUCCAGUGGCCCUGUGGCUUCAGGUCCAGGUAAAGGUUCAUACGGCAUAGAGGGUCAGCUCCACACAGUGAUAGAGAAGAGUCCAGAGAGCAGCCCAACCACGAAACCUCGGCAGGGCGGAGGCUUUCCACAGCCCACUUCACCUCCGGAACCCUCCUCCGGACCUGCGGGCCCCACCCCUCAAUCCGGUCGGCUCAUUCUCCCUACGGGCGUUUACCCUGUCCCCCAGCCUGAACCCCACUACGCUCAGAUGCCCAGCUCCAACACCGGGCCAGGCUCCUCCACGGUCUACCCUGCCCUCGCCAAGGAGAACAGCCGACAGCAGCACCAGGGUCUGCAGGGAAUCGGAGGGAGGGAUGAAGGAGUGAUGGAGGGGCAGAAGGAUGGAAGGAUAUCGGCUACAGAAAACGGACACCAAAAUAACAUUUCUUCUUCAUCGUACCCACAAUCCUCUUAUUCAACUUCUGGUUCCUCACAGCUCAGGACUCAAACACACGAGGCAGACAGGCCUCAACAGGAAGAGUCUCAUCCUGGACAAUACAAACCCCACCUGAAAACGUCUGGAGGGCGAACAGAGGGUCAGACGGUGGCCCAGAGACCCCAAAACCACCAGGAACCUCACAGUCAGAGCUUCCAUGCUCACAAAAGGCAGGGAUCCCAUGGCCAAGUGUUCCAGGAACAGAACCAAGAUUUCCAUGUUCCCCACGUCCAGUCGGCCCCUGGAUCCAGGCCUCAGUCCUCACAUGAGUGGAGGGACCUCUACACACCUGUCCAGCCCAGGGGAGAUAGGAGCAGAUCAGUGGACCACACCAACAUUCAUUCAGACUCCGUGGCAUUCUCUAGGCCCGCCCAAGGACAGGCACCCCCUACCCACUCACCUGCUCACCCUCAGCCUCAGGCCCCACCCGCCUCCCAGACGUCCCCCCGCCACCUCAGUGACUCAGCAGCUCUGCAGUACCAGCACUGGGACCACAGAGACAAAGACAGAGAACACCCUCUGACCCGUCUGGAGAUCGCCCUUGCCGAAGUCCAGCGGUGCGCCAGCCCUGACAGUGUCUUCUCCGCCACUGGCCACGGCAACAGUAGCUCUGCUGAUGGCAGCCAGGGGCCUUCACGCAGCCUCUCCGUCUUGGAAAAAGUCAGUCGUUUUGAGCGCCGGGAACGUGGUGGAAAGCAGCGUAGUCACAGCACGAACAAUAAAGCCACCCAUCUUCGGAAUCAGACAACAGAGAAAGGCCGGAGUGCUCCCUGUGGAGCAGAUGACCUGAGAAACAUGUUGGAGAGAAGCACCAAUGGGACCAAAGCCCACAGAACCAUGAGCUACAGAGGAGGUAGCAGCGACCACAUGAAAUACAGGACCCCAGCAGAUCCAAAUUCAGCUCUCCAGAGGAGUCGCAGCAGCUACCAGCUGGACCAAUCCAGGGAGGGUGACAGCAGCAAAGACUUCCCCCGGAGGCAGGACAUCCAGGAAAUACUGGGCUCCAUGCAGGACACGUCCUUCAACAGAUCUUACAGGGACUCUUUGAAAGACGCCCAGUCUAAGGUCCUGCGGUCCACCUCCUUCAGACGGAGAGACCUCAGCUCCUCAGUCAGCUCUCCUGCAGCUCCUCCUCCUGCGUCCUCCUCCGGCAGCCAUCAGCCUCCACCCGUCCCUGCCAAGUACCACUCCCUGGAGAAAAAAGGUCCCAAAACGAUGCCCAAACCACAGGGCAUCAUCAUCACGCCACAGUCGCCACCAUCAAUCACCUCCCCUCACACCCCGAAGGAGCGACACAUCGUUAGCCCUGAGGUCCGAGGCCCGAGUCCCCCAGCUCUCCCCAGUGUCCCACCGGUUGGACCUCCUGCUCGGAUCUGUGGCCGCAAGCGUCUGACGGCGGACCAGAAGAAGCGCUCAUACUCAGAGCCAGAGAACAUGAACGAGGUUGGGCUUUCGGACAAUGAGACUGCUGCCCUCUUCAGGCGUGGAGGAGAGACCAGCGUGGCCGACCGGCGUAAGAUGUUUGAACUUGCGGCGAGUCGUGUCGGAGGCGGGGCUCCUCAAAACGCCACGUCAAGGCCUGAGCUACGACAGCUUCAACAAGAUGCUCUGGCCGAGUACAUGGAGAGGAAGAGAGGCGUCAUAAGAGACAAGGGAGGACAGAGGGGACCGAGGCCUCGCAGCGCUUAUCUACAACCUGACAACAGCAACCAUAUGGCCUCCGCCUGUUACUCAGAUACCUUCAGCCUCUCCUCCGCCUCCAGCUUGCUCUCCCUCCAGGACUCCGGCCCAGAGGAGAGGCGUCUCUGCUCCACCCUUCCUCAUGGAUCCGACCUGCGAAACCACCAGUCCAACCUCUUCUACCCGGGCAGGGUGACGACUCCAAGGCCUCCAGCGCAGCUGCCACACAGUGCUUCUCCUGGCUCCUCUACUGAGCCCCAGACCCACAUCCUCCAGGAUCUCGCCCCUGAAGCAGGUCUCAGCAGACAGAGCCAGUCUUCGAGCAGAGACCCAGGGCUGGGCCACCAGCACCAGGCCGCAGAACCUCAGCUCAGCCUGGGGUUGUCCAAGCAGCUCAACGGGGCUCUGCAGAGAGCCGGGUCAGCUCUGAGCUCCUCGAAGUCGGCCUCUGCUGAGGAUCUCCUGGAGCGAUCUGAGGAGAGGCAAAUGACUCCUCAGCACUACCGCUCCCGCUCCUCCCCCACUGUGGAGACUCUGAACCAGGACUUCCCUCCAGGUGACGUCAGGCUGUUUGGCGUCUUCAUCUCUGAACCUGGACGCUGCGCUCUGGCUGCAGACAGACCUGCAGACAUCCAGGUGUCAAGGGGCGUAGUCUCUCCUCAACCAUCCCAGAACAGUUUGAAUACCGUCCAGCCUGCAGGACCGUCUCAAGACCCAGGCUCCUCCUAUACUCCCGUCACUCGUAGAGAGCGACAGAAGAACACUGAACGCCAGCGAGCCCACAGCACCUCCACCUUGGCGGCCUCCGUUGGCCUGCCCUGCCCCUUCUUCCCGCCUGGGACUCAGGAUGGAGGCGGCACUGAGUGGCAAGCUAGCGAGAGGCUGAGCCUGGCCAACCUGGAUGCCAUCACCUUCCCAGGCAUCCCGCAAACAGGCAAUGAGGGUGGCACUGAGGAUGGUGGCAAGGAUGCUGCCGUUAACGCUGCUGGCUUCGAUGAAACUCUGGUGAUGGACAGACAGGCAAGACGCAGUAAGAGUGACGCCAGCAUUUUAGAAGACGCUGAGAAGGACGUUUACAGAGGGAGAGCCUACAGUUUGGAGACAAGAGAAAGGCAUGAAAAUGCCAAACUAGUUUCACCAACAUCCCUGUCCCAUUUCCAGUUUGCAACCCCACCAAACAGGAAGGACAGUGGGAACAGCGUGUCAUCGCCUUCCCCAACCUCCCAUCCGUCCAUCCGCCACCUGUCCUCACUGCGAAUUUCUGAGUCCAGCCCCUUCUUCACCUACACUGACCAGCAGCAACUGUUACAACCCUCCACAGGCCAAUCGCAGGAGGACUUUGAUGAGGUAUUCCUUCAAAAUCCUGCCCCUCCAUCACCUCCUCUACCAAUCAAAGAGACAAGCAUCAUGGAAGACUUCCCUCCUCUUCCUCCUCCUCCCCUGGAGUUGGAGCAAGAAACUGGAGACCAAUCUCUUGGAAGUUCGGAAUUCUUAAACAACUCCAGCAUUCCCACUAGAAAGUCGUCCCUUCCCUCCCCUCCAACGUCCCCUUCAUCCUCUGUCCCCCCUCCACCUUUACCUCCCACCAUCACCACAUCUACUACAACUGAGGACAGCCUAGGUCUUGAGUAUCAGCCCAUCCCCAAGAGGGAAAAGACAUCUGAGGAGCUGCAAGUGGAGGCACUUGCCCGGCAGCUGGUGUUGCAGGACCGUUCUCUGGUGCCCCUCCUGGACACAUGGGGGGCUAAAUCCACUGUUGAACUUAUGGAGGAGAUCUUUCCAAACAGCAAAUUAGUUGAUAAAUCACAAUGGCAGCAGAGGGGCAAUGGUCAAUUGGAUGACAGGAUCCAAGAUGGCAUCUGCGAUUCUGCUCCAAGGGUGGCGACGGAUGGAACGAUGGAGACAAAUCUGGAUGAGGAUGACAAAGACCUCAACACCAGGAAGGUGGAGCUGUGUGAGGCUCUGAGGAGCAGCGUGGAGGCUCUGCGGCAGGAGAAGGAGGUGCUGUGUGAGGAGCAGAGGUGUCACCAGGCACUUGGAGCGAGCAUCGAGACAGUGGUACAGGAACACCUCAAAACCAACGAGAGGGACAAGUACAGCAUGUUCAUCGGAGAUCUGGAGAAAAUCGUAAACCUGCUGCUGUCUCUGUGCAGCCGGCUGUCGAGGAUCGACAGGUCUCUGCUCGCUCUGGAAAGAGAAGAGCUGACACAGGAGGACACAGCAGAGGAGAAGAUUUCCCUCCAUCACAAACGCUCCCUGCUCCUCCGUCAAACCGAAGAUGCCUGGGAGCUGAAGGAGAACUUGGACCGGAGGCAGCGGGUGGUCCACGGCAUCCUGUCCGGCUACCUCACCGAACCGCAGCUCCAGGACUACCGUCACUUCGUCAGCACCAAACCCUCCCUCCUGAUUCGCCGACGGCACCUGGACGACCUCAUACGACAGGGGGAGGAGCAGCUGACGUGGCUGGCUGAGAGCCUGCCGGCGGAGCUGGCCGAGGCCCAUGGUUGGUCCAGAGCUGGUCCGUUCUCGGGCCCAUUGCCCUGCUCCUCUCCGUUUCCACCACUGCUUUCGCAAUCUGUGAUUCCAAGUCCCGCCCACUCUGUCAGGUCCACCACUGUGACAUCGCUGUGAUGUCACGGACACAGGAAAUGAAAAAGAGACGAUUGGAUCCUUAAACUCUCAGAGCUUGAGUGAUGCUCUAAACUGAAAGUGUUUUAUAUGAAGGAGGAGAGGGCCUGAAGCAGGCUCCUGUUCACACUGAAACUAUGCAGGAUUCACACAUGAAGAAGAAAAGCCUUUAAUGUGCCUCGUUAUCAUUCACACCUGACUGUACAUUACACCUUUGUUCACCUCAUCAUCAGCAAUCAGCGCUGUGCGGACUCAGACCAACUGCUGCCAAUGUUUCCAACCAUCUUCUGCUCUGUAAGGUGAUUUUUUAAAAAAGACUAUCAGGUGUUUUUAAGUCGGAAGAUCCCAAGAAAGUUCAUUGUCAAAUGCUUUAAAGGACAAUUCUAGUGUUGCUGGUUAUUACCUGCUGUUUUCCAGCUCUUAUCAUGUUGAUUUGUUUGCUUUCAGUGUCUAAAUAUUCCUCUCAGUAAAGACAAGAGCCGUGCUGUAAAGCUGUAAAAAUACAAGUCAGCUUUAACUUCUGUUUUUAUAACCAAGGACCACAGUGGUAGCACCGGCUCUGAGAACUGCUCCACUGAAGAAAUGAAGGCAGGGUCCCAGUCACACUGGAAUUGUCCUGAAACAACCCUGACGGUGCUUUCAGGAACUUCGAACAUUCAGACGUUCCUCCACAAAGCUCUUUAUUUCUAAUGACGUGAGCAGGUGUGUCAUCUCUCAAAGACAAAAUAGCAUCAUCUGUAAAAUAUCGUCACCGGACCUGCUCAGCUCUCGCACAUGUACAGUCGACACACAAAUAUACGUUAACACCAAAAUUGGAGGGACGCUGCGACAAACGACUCUGUACACGGAUCUUGAAGGGGAACCACUUUGAGAAAAACUGUUAUGAUCACUGUCACAUCAAACUGUAACACUACUACUGCCACUACUGUCUGUGUGUCUGGAGCUUGUAGCACUUGUAGCAGUUUGACUAGAAUGCAGCAGAAUUUACACUGAACCAUAAAAACUGUUGCCGCUUACUCCUCUUUAAAAAAAAAAAAAAACGUUUCCUGUGGUUAAACAUUUGAUGAGUUCAAUUUUGGAUUUGAAGUUUAGUUUGAUCAAAAAUUUGUGAUUUUUGUUUUCUCGUAAAUUUACAGUUUUAAUUGUGGAAAUUCUGAGUUUUUACUUGGAAUAUUACCCCCCUACCCUGCUAUGUAAUUUACCUACAAUGGCCCUGAUACAUUCGUCUCUACUUGAAAGUUUUAAUCAGUAAAAAUAUCAGCACUUUGUCAAAUUGCGAUCACUGACGUCGGUCUCUUCAGCCCAAUCACAGAUAACCCUGAUGACAUCAGUGUGACAUCAUCAAAAGACACUAUUUUCACAGGCUCAGUAGCAUUAACCACGACAGGAUGGAGCGCCAUGCUAUUGUUAUUUAAACUGUCAAAACAAAACAACAAAUGUUUCUGUUGCCACAACCAUGAAGUAUUUAUUUAUGCCUAAAUCAUAAAUGUUGCAGACAAAGUGAAGUAAACAGGAAAUGGAGGAAAGAUGCAACUCAUGAGUCAAAAAUAUUAAAACAGUAGUUAAUUAAAAAUGUAAAAUGUUGCACCACUUUUGUUUCUCUGUUAAGUCACAAUCAUAAAAUGUAAUUUCUCAUUUUCACAACAUUUGUUUUUUUUUUUUCUUCUUGUCAUUUUACUUUCAUUUAAUUGUUCACUUUUGUCCCUCUGGGCUUCCAUAGUUUUUGAUGGAUCGCACUCUUCCACUCUGGGUCAACUCUUUCAGCUGCCAAUGAAAGAUCAGGUUUAUACAAAACUUUUGCCAUGUAGCAGGUGCCAUUUUCAGUUCAUUUUAUCUGGGGACUCCAAAUGUCACAAAGCAUAUUUCUUCUACAGGGUCAGUAUUUAUUGUGUAACUAACAGCUGCAGCAGUGUGUGGUGUCUAAACGACAGCUAAAGUACUGAUCAGUAGAAGUUGUUUGUACCUGUUUUCACUCAGCACCUUUUUAAAUACUCUCCAAACAUUACAGCAGCACACGAUCUGCCUUACGUCCUCAUCAAUAACCCAGAUUUUACUGUUGAUUAUUGUCUGUUUGUUUUAUUUUCAGAGGCACAACAGAAUAUCUCAGACAUUUUUCUGUUUAUCGUUGAAUUAAAUUCAAUGUUUGCUUUGAAAAAAAAAAGACGAUUGGAAAACAGCUCCUGUUUUUUUGCAAAAUAAAUAUAUUUUGUAAAUGCU